AUGGCGAGUGGCAAACGGGACCCCGAGCCUGGCGACCUGAUCGAGAUCAAGCGACAACUUUACCAGCACUGGGCCCUCUACUUGGGGGAUGGGUAUGUCAUCCACGUGACGUCCGAAGAUGAAAGCAUCCCACCCUUGUCAGCUGGCAGUGUGACAAUAUUGACCAAAAAGGCCAAGGUGAAGAAGCAGCUCCUGGAGGAAGUGGUGGGAACUGAUGACUGGGAGGUCAACAACAAGUAUGACCACUCUCGCACCCCCCUCCCAGUGGAGGAGAUCAUUGAGCAUGCUGAGAGCUACAUUGACAAGGAGGUGACCUAUCGUUUGCUUCGUGGAAACUGUGAACACUUUGUGACAAUGCUCCGCUAUGGCAAGGGGGACUCCAAACAGGUAAGUAACAUGAGAUAAGCCCCUGUGUGCCUCACACAGCACCUCCUUGCUGCUCCCUGUGAGCCCCUGGACAGGGACACAGCCCACAGACUGCCUGGGGACAACUAAGUCCCAGGUGUGGGGUCCAAACCUCUGCUGCCUCUGGCCUCACCAGAGACCCUGGAGCAGGAGGGUCACUGUGGUCUGUCUGCACCCUGACAGUGCCCUCUUACUGAAUGACACAGCCUAAGGCUAAAACCCUGGGUGUUACCCCUUCUGCUUACGGGGCAAAUAUCCCUCAUUCUUUUAAUUGCCCUUAUU